AUGGGGCUCUGCCAUGGAAAGCCAGUCGGAAGCCCCCCACCGAGCGUCUCCUCCCCCAGAGAGAAAGAUCCUGUAAACCCUAGCGCCGAGGAGCCCCCUCCAAUUCCGCGUACCCCAAAGUACUCCAAGUUCCCCUUUUACAGCCCGAGCCCUCUGUGGAGCUCCCUCAAGGGUUCCCCCGCCAAUUCCGGCCAUAACUCGACCCCGCUGCGGAUUUUCAAGCGCCCCUUUCCCCCUCCCUCCCCCGCGAAGCACAUCAAGGCCCUCCUCGCUCGCCGCCAUGGCUCGGUGAAGCCGAACGGGGCCUCGAUUCCUGAAGGAUCGGAAGCCGAAUUGGGCUUGGACAAGAGCUUCGGGUUCUCGAAGAACUUCUUCGCCAAGUACGAGCUCGGAGAAGAGGUCGGCCGGGGGCAUUUCGGGUAUACCUCCUCCGCCACGGCCAAGAAGGGAGAGUUGAAAGGGCAGGAGGUCGCAGUCAAAGUGAUCCCCAAAUCCAAGGUCAGUCCCCGCAACUGUUGCAUAGCUUAGGUUUUUGCCUCUGGAUCUUCCUGCUCCUCGAGAUCCUUUGACCGCAAGUUAGAGCAUUUACUUUUUUUUAUAUACUAAUUUAAUCAGAAAAAUCCUCUUUCUUCUCGGUGAAAAAAAAAACCGAAUUUUCCCAUUGUUUCUGAUCGUAUAUCACGUAUUAUACGGAAACCGGAUCUCUGCUUUGAUGGGUAAUCCUCAGAUGAACAGCCGGAUCUAACCAGCGUUGUGCUUUGGCAGAUGACGACGGCAAUCGCCAUUGAGGAUGUGCGGAGAGAAGUCAAGAUAUUGAGAGCUCUCACGGGACACAAGAAUCUGGUGGAGUUUUACGAUGCCUGUGAGGACGAGGACAACGUUUAUAUUGUAAUGGAGUAAGUAAGCUAGUCUCUGUGUUAUUAGCAUCUCUGGCAUCUUUUUUUUUUUUUUCCUUUCCUGGAAUAUUUUACUUCCUAAAUCUGGUAUGGGAAGCAUUGCAUAGGCCCUCCUCCUCUCAAGAUAUUCAUUUAUUUUCAUAUGUAAUAUUUUUUUUCCGUUUCUGAUCUGGCAUUCUGGAUAGAAGGUUUGAGUGAAGAUAAGAACAUCCCCUUUUUUUUUUAAAAUAAUGCUGGUCUGGAUCUGCUCAUCAGCUCUGCUAAAUAUGGUUCCAAAUGUGAGGCCAAAAAGUCCACCAUAAAUGAUUUUCUAUCUAAAAGUCAACUUAUGUAUUUCCCUCUUGGUUUAAAUUUUCAUGGGUUUUAAUCGUUUUCAUUUAUAAAGAGGUUGUAAACGUCAAUAAAGUUCUUCGAUUUAUAUAUAUAUAUUCUGACAUGGCUGAAUGUCUUCAUGUUCAUCAGGUUAUGUAAAGGAGGCGAACUUUUGGAUAGGAUUAUCUCAAGGUAAAACCACCCCACCCCCCCUCUUUUUUUUCCUUGCAUUGUAUUCAAAUACAUCAUCUCUGAUCAUUGGGAUAUUCAAUUGUGCGGUCAUGAUUCUGCCAACUGUGUUGGCGUCUUUCAGGGGAGGGAAGUACUCAGAGGAAGAUGCCAAGACCGUCAUCGUCCAGAUCCUGAAUGUGGUUUCUUUCUGCCAUCUCCAGGGAGUCGUGCACCGAGAUCUGAAGCCCGAGGUAAAUUCUAUGUCCCAGAAUCAGAUUUCCGUUGACUUUCUUCGAUCCAAGAUUCUCAAAUCUUCUGAGCACCCCAAACAUUUUCUGCAGAAUUUUCUUUUCACCACAAAGGAUGAAAGGGCUCCCUUGAAGGCCAUUGACUUUGGUCUGUCGGAUUAUGUGAGGCCGGGUCAGUCCCCAUGAAUCAUUGGGAUCUCAGAAAGAAUAAAUCUUUACUCUUGUUAUUGCUUUCAAGUUCUUCUGGUUUGAAAAAUAUUCGAACCCAUUUGACCGUUGUUCUUGGGGGACUUGCUGCAGAUGAGAGACUGAACGACAUCGUGGGAAGCGCGUACUAUGUGGCUCCCGAGGUCCUCCACAGAUCGUACGGCACAGAAGCUGACAUGUGGAGCAUUGGGGUGAUCGCAUACAUUCUCCUCUGUGGGAGCCGGCCUUUCUGGGCCCGCACCGAGUCAGCCAUAUUCCGCGUCGUUCUCAAGGCGGACCCCAACUUUGAGGAUGAGCCCUGGCCAUCCCUCUCAGCCGAAGCCAAAGAUUUUAUCAAGAGGUUACUGAAUAAGGACUAUCGCAAGAGAAUGACCGCAGCCCAGUCCCUAAGUAGGUUUUAUUUAUUUAUUAAUUAUUAUUUUCUAAAAUAAAUCGACCCAGUUUCUAUUUUUGGUGUUUUAUUAAUCCUAUUUUUCUGUCUAAUGUAGGCCAUCCCUGGAUAUGUGGCUCCCAAGAUGCGAAGAUCCCCCUGGAUAUAUCCAUUUAUAGGCGUGUGAAGGGUUAUGUAUGCACAACUGCCUUGCGGAAAGCCGCCAUGGGGGUAUGAUCCUUCUCUUCCCACAAACUCCCUCCUGGUAUCCCUUCAAGAUAUUCAUGCUUUCUUGGAGUGGGAAUCGUAUCUACUGGCAGAAUUUAAUUAUUUAAGUCUUUUUUUUUCUUCUUCUUGGGUUUCCUCCAUUCCCCUCCAUCGAUUUAUUUAUUUGCUUGCUUACUUAAUUAUGAAUAUAUAUAUUAAUUUAUGGCAGGCUCUUGCAAAAACUCUGAUGCCAAAUGAGAUCUCUUACAUGCGCGAGCAAUUCACAAUGUUGGGGCCGAACAAGAACGGCUACAUUUCCAUGCAAAGCUUUAAAACAGUGAGUUUUUUCACUUUUUAAUCUUUUAUUUAUCUGUUUAUUUCUCUUCUUCUUCUUCUUCUUUUUCUGGAGUUCAUUCUUCGGCAUCUCAUCGCCGCAGGCUGUGGCGAAGUAUUCGACGGAUGCGAUGAAGGAAUCGAGGGUCUUCGAUUUUGUGAAUACGGUACACAGUCUUGAGAGAGGAUAUUUUCUAGUCAACGUCUUCUUGUCUUGCAUCCUUCGUGGUGCCAGAAUACGGGACGAUAUGGAUGCUCAUUCGGUAUAGUCAACGUCUUUUUAUCUUGCAGGUCAGCUCACUCCAGUACAGGAAGUUAGAUUUUGAGGAGUUUGCCGCCGCCGCGAUCAGCGUUCAUCUGCUGGAGGGAUCGGAGGGCUGGGAUCAGCGUGCCCACCACGCAUACGAGCUGUUUGAGAAAGAUGGGAACAGGCCCAUCAUGAUCGAAGAACUGGCCUCCGUAAGAUUCAGCAAGAACCUUCCUUUUUCUUCUGCCUUUUCUGGGCAAUAUCUUGACGCCAAAAUCCCAUAAAAAAACUUUCUAUUUCGGGUUUAUUUCGAGACCGAUUUUUUUUUUAAAAAAAAGGGAAAAAAGUUUCAUUUAUUAGCAGGAGCCAGAGGAUGAGCUCUAAAGGGGUUGGUUUUACUUGCAGGAGCUGGGGCUCAGUCCGUCAGUCCCCGUCCACGUUGUUCUCCAAGACUGGAUCCGGCAUUCUGAUGGGAAGCUGAGCUUCCUGGGAUUUGUGCGGCUCGUUCAUGGGCUGUCGUCCCGCCCCAAGGUCUAA